UUCGUUCAAAGCAAAAUCUACAGAACGGUUUACAUACAAGCGACAAUGCUCCCUUGCGAAAGAAAAAUCAAAAACGAAGAGUUGAGCGAAUUAGUCAAGAGGACUCUAACAAGCCCCGUAAUUGAUGAGUACCUCUUAUUUGGACCGGAAAGUACGUGCUUGCCGAGCUACUACGGAAGUGGAGCGGACGCCGUCGGCAAUUUCCAAAUUCGAAACGGCGACGUAAUUGUGGCUUCCUUCCCGAAAUCAGGUACAACUUGGUUGCAAGAGAUGGUGUGGCUGCUGAAGAACCAUCUCGAUUACGAUGCUGCGCAAGUUGAGAUCUACAAACGUUUUGCGAAGCUGGAAUUGCCCGGUAUCGGCGACCCUAACCAACCAAGUCGUGACAACUCAGUUGAGGAGCUAAAUCGUCUUUCCGGUCCGAGGUUGAUUAAAACCCAUUUGCCGUACUCUUUGCUUCCGAGGCGAACUAGGGACGGCAGUGAGAUUCCUAAGAUAAUUUAUAUCAUGAGAAAUCCAAAAGAUGCCUUCAUAUCGUACUAUCACUUUGGCCGCGCUGCCUUAGGGUGGCGCGCCAGCAAAGAAGAGCUCGCAAAACUAUUCAUGGGAGGCACGAUAUUGUACGGGCCGUACUGGAAGAGCGCGUUGGGAUAUUGGAAUUUAAGGCACUCGCCGAACGUUCUAAUUUUGAAGUACGAAGAGAUGGUAAAGGAUCUUCGGGCCGUGAUUCGGAGAACGUGCGAGUUUUUGGAAAGGGAGCCACUCACGCACGAGCAGAUGGAGAAGCUGUGCGGGCAUCUAAGUUUCAACAGCAUGAAGGAUAAUAGUGCGGUCAAUUAUUCGACGAUGUUGAGUCAGCGGAAGAAUUUUGCAGUGAAUCCAGCUCCUUUUAUGAGGUGCGGAAAGGUGGGGCAGUAUCGGUGGGAAAUGAGUUCGCAGAUGAUAGCCGAAUUUGACGAAUGGAUUGAAAGGAGUAUUGAGGGUACCGACUUCAGUAAAAAAUACGCUUGUUUUGGCAAAGACGAUUGAUUUAAAUUUACGUAAAAUACAGCGUUUUGUUGCAAAUAAAAUUCCCUCUUAGGUUUUUGUUAGUAGUAUGUAAAUAAAUGUACAUAAAAUCAA